GCAGUCCAUUCAAGAGCUCAGGCAAGAUCUCUGAGUCACAUGUAAUAGAAUUAAACUAUUAGCUCUCGCCCUAGCUGAACAGCCUUGAGCCUUGUCUUCCUCCAUGCCAGAGGCCAGAGCAUGGCUCACUGGUGUCUGGCAGCAUGAGGCUAGCCCAGCCGGACAUGGUGUCUGCAGCCCCUACUGAAGUGGACAGGCUGGUUUGGCCAUUAGCGGAUGGAGCAGACAAGAGCCCACUAGGGGUCCUCAGCACCACAGAGCCACUUCUUCGACUGCAGAGGACACAGAGAGUGUGGGAGGUCCCCGAGCUGGAUGCUCAGCAUGCCAAGGCCUUUCUAGAGCUGUGGCCACUGGGGAGCUUCCUGGUCAUCGGACAUGACCCUGGCCAGGUCCUGAUGUUGAAGGCAGGACCUUCGUCAGGAGAUAUCAACACAUAUCAGAUUCAGAGGUUUCCUGGAGGUGUGUCCCUGGAAUCCUCCAAUCUCUGCAUGCCCGACUGUCCCCAUCUCCUGGCCUUUCUGUCAGCCAGCAGGGACGUUUUGCCAAGGACCCUGAUCUUGCCCAUGCCUACUGUGGGGGCUGGAGAUAAUCACUCAGAUCCCCAUCGGCUUGGCUGCAUCCAGGUGGACACCUCCGGGAGGGUGCUGUCUGUAGUGAACCAGCUCUACCUGGAGACACAUGGAGGCUGGGGAACAGAGACUCCACAGCAAACAGAGCCAGAGACUGGCCAGAAAUACAGUCUAGCCCCCAGGAAGCCCACCCCACACCGGGUCUCCUGGGUGGAAGACCCUUUGAGACCGGAAGCUCACCAUACUGGACAGGAAGUGCAUCAUCCUGGAGCAGACCCUCACUCCCUUGGGUCGGAAGUGCACUUUUCCUGUCCUGCUCUAGAAGAGGAGGAAGUGAACAACGACUGCUACAAAGAUGAAGAGGAAGGCUGCGAGGAUAUGCUCACUGCCCACAUCCGUGCUCUGGCCAGGGCCCGGAGCAGCUAUGUAGCCGGGCAGUACCGAUGCCUUCGGGCACGCCUCAUCUCAGAUUCUGGAAAUCCCUACCGCCCAGGGGACCCGGCCACAGAGCUGCUUCAGGAUGUGCGCCAGCUCCUCACUGACCUCCAGAAUUACCUGGCAAAAGACCCCGACGUCAGAGCUGUCUUUGGGAACAGGGGACCUAGCAUCCCUCGGGAAGAAGAUCUUGGCCCCGCUGUGGAGGUGGCCCUGUGUCGAGCGGUUUUAGAGCCCCUGAAGCCCGCCCUGUGGACCAAACUCCGAACUCUCAGAGCCCAGGAACUACGACGACUGCGCAGGCGCCAAAUAGCCUUGAGGGUAGGAGCGGGGCCUGAGGGACAGAGCCCGGCCUUGCGGAACCGUAUCCACGCACGCCUCGCUCACUUGCAUGCGGCGUGUGCCCCGCGCCGCAAGGUGGCGCUGUUGCUGGCGGUGUGCAGCGACGUCUACGCGGGCCUGGGCGGUGGCGAGAAUAAAGAGCCCCUAGGGGCCGACGCCUUUUUACCUGCCCUGACCGAGGAGCUGAUCUGGAGUCCACAUAUUGGGGAAACACAGCUGGAUGUGGAGUUUCUUAUGGAGCUCUUGGAUCCAGGGGAGUUGCGAGGAGAAGCUGGGUAUUAUCUGACCACGUGGUUUGGGGCUCUCUACCACAUUGCUCACUACCAGCCAGACACUGGCCGUGCACCCCAGGGGCUCAGCUCCGAAGCCCGGGCCUCCCUGCGCCAGUGGCAUCGAAGACGGACACUGCACCAGCAAGCCCAGCCCACAGCCCAGGCCAACCAGCCUAUUGAGGAGCCAUGGGCAAUAGGGGACCCAUGAUAAUUGGAGUUCUCAAACCCCAGUCACUUCUGAACCUUUUGACCCACUCCUCUGCUAAGCAAGAUUCUGGAGGCAUCUGGGUCAGCACAGAGGGGCAGGGCAGGAAAGGAGACGUGCCUCCUGCAAUGUCUUUGCUUCCUCCUCUCGUCACCUCCUUCUGGUCUGUCCGGAUGUUACCUCAAUGAGGCUCUACCCCAGCAAACAAAACCCACGCCCAGCAAGUACUACAACUACAGCCCUCUCGCCUGAAUCUCUUUGGGGCAGGUAGAAUAAAGGCACAGUCCCCAAAGGUGUCUUCAUCCUGAUCCUAUCUGUGACUGUGACACUUAACUUGGUCAAGUGAUCGUUACAAAAAUGACAGCAUGUCUGGACCUGAGACGGGAGAGCUUAUUCUGGAUUCUUCUGCGGCUCCUGUAGUUAAGAGGGUGGCAGAGAUACAGGGACCAUCAUGAGCUUAUGCCCCCAGCUAUACAGCAGAAUGAGGUGGGAAAAUUACUUGAGGCCAGGACCAUGAGGACACUGUGGCACUGAAACAUAGUAGGUGUUCAGGACAGUGGCACUGAAACAUAGUAGGUGUCUAGGAACACCUAUGUGCCUUGAAAACAUAUCACUCCCUAAUCUCUUGUGACCGUAUUUGGCAAAAGUGUUUGUGCACCUGAAA